AUGGCGGCCUUCCAGCGUCUCUUCCGGGGAUCCAUUGGCCCUGCCACCGCCGUCGGGAGCGUCGUGCUCGCGAGCGCCGCGACCGCCGCACACGCCGACGAGGGCCUCGCUGCCGUCUCGGUCCAACCGGGGCGUGCCCCGAACGGUAACAAGCUGCCCAUUUACGAAAACCCGAACGACGAAGGGACCGUGACGCUCGUGGUGCACCACAACCCACUGUCCGAGCACAUUGCGACUGCCCGCGAGGCGACGGCCGAGGCGGUUGGCAGUGUGCGCGGCGUGCUGCAGUCGGGCGUCUCCAGCUGGAUCGACUUUGAGCGGGGCGUUGAGCGCGAGAUCAAGAGCGUUGUGCCCAAGGACGAGAACUUGACACCGGGCAUCAUCUACGUCCUCGUGGCCGGACUGACGGGUUCGGUUCUCACUCGCACCCGCUCGUUCCCCGUGCGCUUCCUCGCUCCUCCGGUCUUUGCCCUCGCUGCGCUCCCCUACUUCCUCCCGAAGACGGCGCACAACCUCCGCGCCUACAUCUCGGACAUUGAGGACAAGCAGGCACCCGAGUUUGCAGCCAAGCACGACGCUUUCAACCACAACCUCGAGAUGCACUGGCACAUGGCCAUUGACCGUCUCCGUGGUGUGAGCCACGAGGCCGCUCAGUGGAGCUCCAAGGCCGCCGAGGGUGUCGAGAACGCCACUGGUCUGCGUGUCGGUGACACCCUGCGCCGUGGACAGGCCGCUGCCGCCGCCAAGAUUGGCGAGACGCGCGCCGUCAUCCGCGACGAGGUUGCUGCGCUCCGUGACGAGGUCGCCAAGCCGGCGCAGCCCGUGGUGUUGCAGAAGGUCGCGACUGUGGUCGAGGAGAAGCCGAUUGCUGAGAUUGUCGUUGCGGUUCCAGCAGAGGCGGUCGCCGCUCCCGUCGCCGUCGCUGCCGUCGCCACGCCUGCGCCUGCCGCCGUCGUGCCCGAGGCCAAGCCUGUGGAGGCCCAGCCCGUCGAGGCCAAGCCUGUGGAGGCCCAGCCCGUCGAGGCCAAGCCUGUGGAGGCCAAGCCCGUCGAGGCCAAGCCUGCUGACAGCGGCAAGCGCCUCGUCUAA